AGGGUAGCUAACAUGGCGAGCUUGGGAAAUUUGCAAGCCAACACUUGAUCAUUCAUUUUUUAACCAUAAAUUCAUGCAAACUAAUCUUGCCCAACCUGUCCUUUUUGUCAUUUCGGAAACCAUUUUAUGCCACCCUAGACUUUUGCGGUGAAAAGGGUAAUCAAUGUCCAUGACCACCACCAAUAAAUCAAAAGCUCAAGUUGUCAAAAUGUACAUUUCUUCUAGACGAGAUUGGGGUUGAACAUCUUGAAGAUGACAUUUGGAGGAAAAAUGGAAAUUUUAAAGCUUUAUUUGUUAUCCCUUCUUGGACGGCAAUGACUUUGGGCACCCUCUACCUUCUAUAGAGAAAAUGACAACAAAAAAUCAUGCUUGCACUUUGAAACAUAUUUGCCUUCCUACUCGUAUCCCUGGCUUCAGGCCUCCUACUUGUCUCCGUCCUUAACAGUCAUGCUUGAUCGCCGGCACGGACUCACCGGAAACCAAAUUUCUUCCUUCAAUCCAGCCUACCAAAUACAUAGUAAUUGUGAUGGAACAGGAGAUAUUGAAUUUGAUUUCUGGAGCGCACGUAAAACCUGGUAUUACGACACCUUCAGUAACUCAGCUGACUGCGAGAUUGAGUUUCAAGUUAAAGCAUGUGUUGGGGAAAGCUAUAGUGAUUGCCCCUCGCCGUUGUGGGGAGCCAAAAGGGUGACGGAUGCUUCUCCUCUGCUUUCAAACAGCCAUUUUUACAGUAAUCUAUCCCCUACAACGCGAAAACAAGCAAUCGAAGAUGGUAGAAAAGAACUCAUGGAGAUGAUUCGUAACAUGCCGGAGUCGAGCUACGAGCUAUCUUUGAAAGAUAUAGUUGAUAAGCAACUUGGCGAGGAGGUCAAAGUUAAAGCUGCUUCUGAAGAUAAAAGCAUUCAUUUCGAAACAGAAACUCUGACAAAGAAGCAAAAGACGAAGAAACGGAAGAAAAGAAAGGCAGGUCCGAUAUCCAGAACUGGAAGUAUGGAUGCUGAUAAUUUCUUAAUAAAGAUGUUUUUUCCAAGUUCUCUAAGUUUCAAGAGGAAAUCAACAGCUGAAAAUAGCUCCAAGGUUUCCCCAAGUCCAUCUUUUGAGGGAUCCGAGAAACCGGUAGAUAAGCAACGGUGGAUUGAAAGGAUUUUCAACCGAAGGAAUCAUAAAAACAGAGAAGAUAGCAGCAACAACAGCUCAAGCAGACCUACUAACAGAAGUUCCUUGCCUCAUUGCUGGCUGUUCUUCCCUUUCAAGAAAAGCAAAGCCAAGAGACAGGCAGAUUUCAUCUGAAUGAGAAUAAAGCUGUAGCAAAUCUGCUAUUGCUAGAGAUAGAGAUAGCAGAACAUGCAUGCAGACAGUUUUAACCAGAGGAAAUGUCUCC